AUGUCUCGCCCAGAAGAUACACUCCCCCCAGACCUCCACUACAAUGACACCGAAGCGCGCAAAUACACAACGUCCUCCCGAAUCCAAAAUAUCCAAGCCAGCAUGACCAACCGAGCCCUCGAACUGCUCGAUCUAAAAACACCCUCUCUCCUCCUCGACAUCGGCUGCGGUUCCGGCCUCUCAGGCGAAAUCCUCUCCGCGGUCCCCGAAGAAGAAGGCGGUCCCCAUAUCUGGGUCGGGAUGGACAUCAGCGCAUCAAUGUUAGACAUAGCAUUACAGCGCGACGUCGAGGGCGAUUUAAUGUUAAGCGAUAUAGGACAGGGAGUACCAUUCCGAGCGGGAAGUUUCGAUGCUGCGAUUAGUAUUAGUGCGAUUCAAUGGUUGUGUAAUGCGGAAAGUAGCGAAGUGUCUAGCGAGGGUCGACUUUCGAGGUUUUUUGGUGGAUUAUAUGCUUCGUUGAAGAGAGGCGGAAGAGCAGUUUGUCAGUUUUAUCCGAAGAAUGAUCAGCAGAGAACUAUGAUUACUGGGGCUGCUAUUAAAGCGGGUUUUGGGGCGGGAAUAUUGGAGGAUGAUCCGGGGACGAAAAAUGCGAAGUUGUAUUUGGUUUUGACGGUUGGAGGGGGUGAUGUGGAGACUAGUAAUGGGGAUAUUACGGGAAUAGUUAAGGGAAUGGAUGGAGUGGAUGUAUUGGAUGCGAGGAGGAAGCAUAGAGAGAAGGGCAGGAAAGAGGUCAAGAAGGGUAGUAAGGCAUGGAUUUUGGGGAAGAAGGAACAGAUGGAGAGGAAAGGAAAAGUGGUCAAGAAUUCGAGUAAAUACACGGGUAGGAAAAGAAACAUUGCUUUUUAG